AUGAAUGGAUCAAUACUUAGGACCAGCCGGUCUCUCAGGCCUUGGUUACUCCCCAUCAACACGAGGCUAGCACAUACAACUGCAGUACAGAGCCAUGUCACCACGCCCAUAUUCUACCCUAACGCUAAACCACACCUGGGCCACCUGUACUCGAGCUUACUUUGUGAUAUCUACCACAGAUGGCAGGUGCUUAAUGGCGACUCUGCUGCCUUGUUCACAACCGGCACAGAUGAGCAUGGCCUAAAGAUUCAGUUGGCUGCAGAGAAGAACAAUUGCGAAAGUCCCAAAGCGUUCGUUGACAAAUUGUACCCUGAAUUUGUCGAACUAGAUAAGACCUAUGAUAUCUCUUACACCAGGUUCAUAAGGACAACUGAUCCAGAUCACAUCGAAAAUGUUAAACUACUGUGGAAUUUAUGCCUAGAGAACGGAUAUAUCUACAAAGGCAAACAUGAAGGCUGGUAUUCAAUAUCAGAUGAGACGUUUUACCCAUCAUCUAAAGUUAUAAAGGAUCCCAACAACCCAAAUAAAUACAUUAAUACAGAGUCACUUAACGAAGUCAUCCAUCAAAGCGAAGAGAACUACUACUUUAAGUUGUCAAGUUUCAAGGAAAAGCUUAUUAACCACAUAACUGAGUUUCCAGAUUUUGUGCACCCACCUUCUAAGAGAGACCAAAUUCUAAGAGACUUAAAGAAUGACCCAAACAUUACUAAAGAUAUUUCAAUAUCAAGACCUGCGACAAGGUUACAGUGGGGGAUUGAGGUACCCAACGACCCAUCACAGAAGGUUUACGUGUGGUUUGACGCCUUAUGUAAUUAUAUCUCUUCGAUUGGAGGUAUUGAGGCAGUGAAACAAAAUAAAAGAGCUCUCAGUAACCACAUAUUGGGAAAUUCAGAUAUAACAGUUUACCAACCUACUAAUGUUUGGAAAGAUACUGUACAUGUUAUUGGUAAAGAUAUCGAGAAAUUUCACAUAAUCUUCUGGCCGAGUUUUCUCUUAGCUGCAAACUUACCCUUACCAAAACAAAUAGUCGUUCAUUCUCAUUGGCUGUGUAAUGGUUUCAAGAUGUCCAAGAGUCUUGGUAACGUUGUUGAACCAAUGAAAAUAUCUUCUCAUUAUGGAACUGAUAUGGUGAGAUGGUUUUUGAUGGAAAACUCAAAAGUAGAAGAAGAUGGUGAUUUUCAAGAAGAGAAAUUGUUUGCAACAACCGAGCUAUUUGUUUCAAAAUGGGGCAACUUAAUCAAUAGAUGUUGUGGAGCAAAAUUUAAUAUUGAAAGAUCAGUGCAUAAAUAUGCAAGGAACUCCGAAGAAGUUUUGGCUGAUUUUGAAAAAAUAUACAUAGAUAAUGACAUGAUAAUACAAGCCAGAUCGUUGAUUCAAGAUGUCGACCAACUAAUACUAAAUGCUGGAAAAUACUACGAAAAAUUUCAAUACAAUCUUCUAAUAAAAGACAUAUGGAAAAUCAUCAACAGUACCAAUUCAUUAUUUCAGUAUGCCGAGCCAUGGAAAAAACUUGGAGAACAACAGGAUAUUAUAAUAUUUUUGUGUGCUGAUAUAUCAAGAGUAUUGGCAAUUUUAACCCAGCCAAUAAUUCCGCAGCUGUCUCACAAAUUACUGGAUCACUUAAAAGUUGACCAAGAAAGGCGAACAAUUGACUAUGCUAAUAUUGGUCAUGACCAAUCUUAUGCUGUAGAGGCCAAUAUAAAAAAUCGCCCAGUUCCCAUUGCUAGAGUUCUAGGCUUAAUAGGUAUCGAGUAA